AUGAAGGACGGCGACUACUUCCCUGCCAAGCACGACAAUAACGAGCAGUUCAAGAACUAUGCCGUGUCUAGAUAUGAUCAGAUGGUGUUGGAGAACGACAAGGAGAUAGACUGGUGGUGGUCUCUUCUGGCAAAGAUCUUCUCGUGGCUCUUGCUGGCGGGCUACAUCGUGUUCUCAUCUACGUUCGCGUCACAUUGGCCGCCUUUGGCUGGAUUUUGCCAGUUCCUUCACUGA